AUGUCAUCACUGGUGAAGCGGGACCAGGGCGAGCCGCGGGUCCAUGAGCGAGUUCGUAGAUCGAAUACGGAAAAGUGGCUCGCUCAAGCCGCGCUCAUUCUCAAUCUGACCAAGAGUGCUGCCGAUGCGGCUGGUCUUGCACCGCUCAAAGGCGCUUGUGAGGGCGCAGUGACUGUCCUUGAGGUCAUCCAGGCUUUCAAUAACGGCAGAUCUGCUUGGAAUGAACUCGCCAAAACCAUUCAGAUGCAAAUCGGUGCAUUCAAUGCCCAACUAAACCAGCCUGGAAUCAAUGACGUGGUCGAUGACUCGGUCAAAGGCCCGAUUGCAAACUACAUUGCUACACUCAAGGAGCUGCUCGCCGACGUGUGCGAAGACGCUGACAUCAACGAGACCAAUUUCGAGAAUAAAGAGGGACUCUUGAAGAUGUUUGUGAAGCGCAGUGGCACAAGCAAGCUGGAAACGGAUACAAUAAGCACCUACGAAAAGCGUUUGAAGGCUGCGGAAUCAGAAAUACUCCGCUCUCUUACGUUCUAUGUCUCUGUCGCCGUGACAGAGUUUGCGGAUGCCGCCGUGUUGGGCAGGCUGCGAGGACCCGAAUACAAACGGCCCUCAGGAUGUCAACCAGGAACGCGUAUUGAUGUACUCCACGCAUGCCAGGAAUGGGUGGCAAACCGUGAAGCACCCAACAUCCUCUGGAUCAAAGCCGCACCUGGAGCGGGGAAAACAGCCAUUGCAUCCAGUCUUGUAGACCUACUUGAGAUCAAGAAGAAGCGACUCGGCUCAAGCUUCUUCUUUCGUCGUCAAGAAAGUACUACUCGUACGACAGAUGCGCUCUGGCGUAACGUUGCAUACGACUUGGCACGUCACCCAACCAUCCGAAAGCAUCUUUGCAGUGCAAUGAAAAAGGAGCAAAUCGACUUGUCAACAUCCAGUAUCGCCGAUCUAUUUCUGCAAUUAAUUACGGAACCGCUAUCGAAAAUUAGUAGCCCCCCCUUGGAAAUUUCUCCAGUGGUCGUCGUCGAUGCACUCGACGAGUGCGGUGGGAUUGAGGGUCGGUCGUCUGUCGAUCGUAGGAGCCUGAUGCAGACGUUGAUCUGUUGGUCCAAGCUUCCAUCUAGCUUCAAGCUCAUCGUCACCAGUCGUGAAGAGACGGACAUCGUAAACGUCCUCGGUAGGAUCGACGGGAAUAAGCCACUAGCCAUUGAGCUAAAAGUAGGCAAAGAAGCAGACCAGGGAGUACAAACCGAUAUACGAGCCGUCUUGAGUCUAAAGCUGCAGUCAAUUGCGACUGAGUAUCCGUCAUUGGGACCAGAGUGGCCCGGACCCAAACAGCUGGAUCAGUUGACGGAGAAGGCGAGUGGUCUGUUCAUCUGGGCUACAACAGUGGUGGACUUGAUCGAAGCUGGCCCUCCGGAGGAUCGACUUGAGGAAGUCCUGACGGGUGAAGGGAAGAAUCAUCUCGGCCAACUCUAUGCGCAAGUACUGCAUAUUGCGUCUCGAGGACAUGGCGAGAAGGAGCAGGAUCGUUUGCUCGCCAUGCUUGGCGCGAUUAUUGUGGCAAAGGAACCAUUAUCUCUCCCGACAUUGGCUAAACUCCUUUCAUUGAAGCAGUCGAUAUUGGAGAACUUUUGCAACGGACUUCGCUCAGUAUUGGAUCAAGAAGGCCCACUUCGAUUCCGACAUCAAUCGUUUGUCGACUUCCUGCUCGAGAACAAGCAAGAUGCACCAGAAUUCAGUUUAACGACGUCUAUCUGUGAGCAAAGCAUUGCCAACCAGUGCCUGCAGGUGAUGAAGAACAAUCUAAAGUUCAACAUUGGCGGCAUCCCAUCGUCCGACCAACUCAAUGUCGAGAGUUUGAGAGCAAUCACAUCCAUUGAAGAUUGCAUUCCGUCACAUUUGAAAUAUGGAUCUCGGUACUGGGCCGAUCAUUUGGUUCUCACGCCUCUCAAUGAUGAGACAAUGGCUCUUGUCCGACACUUUCUCACAUUGCAAUUUCUAGCCUGGCUCGAGGUUGCCAGCCUAUGUGAAUUUACAGAUGCAUUACAGUCUAUUCUCCGCAACCUGACCAGAUGGCUGAAGAGAACCAAUGAGAAAGAGCUAGUAGCUUUAGGAGAGGAUAUACGGUCACAAGAUCGUUUCUGGAUCCUGGACAAGACGGUGCGGGUAUGGAAUGCAGAGACGGGCGAACCGCUUGGACCCGCGCUCAAGGGACAUACCAAUGCGGUCUACUCUGUCGCCUUCUCGCCAGAUGGUCACAAGAUCGUUUCUGGAUCCUGGGACAAGACGGUGCGGGUAUGGAAUGCAGAGACGGGCGAACCGCUUGGACCCGCGCUCGAGGGACAUACCAAUGCGGUCUGGUCUGUCGCCUUCUCGCCAGACGGUCACAAGAUCGUUUCUGGAUCCUGGGACAAGACGGUGCGGGUAUGGAAUGCAGAGACGGGCGAACCGCUUGGACCCGCGCUCGAGGGACAUACCGAUGCGGUCUCCUCUGUCGCCUUCUCGCCAGACGGUCACAAGAUCGUUUCUGGAUCCUGGGACAAGACGGUGCGGGUAUGGAAUGCAGAGACGGGCGAACCGCUUGGACCCGCGCUCGAGGGACAUACCGAUGCGGUCUGGUCUGUCGCCUUCUCGCCAGACGGUCACAAGAUCGUUUCUGGAUCCUGGGACAAGACGGUGCGGGUAUGGAAUGCAGAGACGGGCGAACCGCUUGGACCCGCGCUCGAGGGACAUACCAAUGCGGUCUCCUCUGUUGCCUUCUCGCCAGACGGUCACAAGAUCGUUUCUGGAUCUGGACAAGACGAGACGGGCGAACCGCUUGGACCCGCGCUCGAGGGACAUACCGAUGCGGUCUGGUCUGUCGCCUUCUCGCCAGACGGUCACAAGAUCGUUUCUGGAUCCUGGGACAAGACGGUGCGGGUAUGGAAUGCAGAGACGGGCGAACCGCUUGGACCCGCGCUCGAGGGACAUACCGAUGCGGUCUGGUCUGUCGCCUUCUCGCCAGACGGUCACAAGAUCGUUUCUGGAUCCUGGGACAAGACGGUGCGGGUAUGGAAUGCAGAGACGGGCGAACCGCUUGGACCCGCGCUCGAGGGACAUACCAAUGCGGUCUCCUCUGUCGCCUUCUCGCCAGACGGUCACAAGAUCGUUUCUGGAUCCUGGGACAAGACGGUGCGGGUAUGGAAUGCAGAGACGGGCGAACCGCUUGGACCCGCGCUCGAGGGACAUACCGAUGCGGUCUGGUCUGUCGCCUUCUCGCCAGACGGUCACAAGAUCGUUUCUGGAUCCUGGGACAAGACGGUGCGGGUAUGGAAUGCAGAGACGGGCGAACCGCUUGGACCCGCGCUCGAGGGACAUACCGAUGCGGUCUGGUCUGUCGCCUUCUCGCCAGACGGUCACAAGAUCGUUUCUGGAUCCUCGGACAAGACGGUGCGGGUAUGGAAUGCAGAGACGGGCGAACCGCUUGGACCCGCGCUCGAGGGACAUACCGAUCUGGUCUACUCUGUCGCCUUCUCGCCAGACGGUCACAAGAUCGUUUCUGGAUCCUCGGACAAGACGGUGCGGGUAUGGAAUGCAGAGACAGGCCAACCGCUUGGACCCGCGCUCGAGGGACAUACCGAUCCGGUCUGGUCUGUCGCCUUCUCGCCAGACGGUCACAAGAUCGUUUCUGGAUCUGGGGACAAGACGGUGCGGGUAUGGAAUGCAGAGACGGGCGAACCGCUUGGACCCGCGCUCGAGGGACAUACCGAUGCGGUCUGCUCUGUCGCCUUCUCGCCAGACGGUCACAAGAUCGUUUCUGGAUCCUGGGACAAGACGGUGCGGGUAUGGAAUGCAGAGACGGGCGAACCGCUUGGACCCGCGCUCGAGGGACAUACCAAUGCGGUCUUGUCUGUCGCCUUCUCGCCAGACAGUCACAGGAUUGUUUCUGGUGACAUUGACAGAAAAUUGCAGAUUUCAAAUAGUGCAGCAGGUGGCUCGCUUCGCAUUACAUAUCAGCAGCACCGUCUUGAUCAUGAUGGCUGGUUAGUGGGACCCAAUGACAAGCAUCUCAUUUGGGUACCAGAAAUCUUUCGAACUGGGCUUGUGCGCGAUGGCGUUGUCAUUAUUGGUCAAUGCCCUCGAGUCCGGCUUGAGUUGUCCACAUUUGUAUAUGGAA